AUGGAAGUUGCCAACAGGAGCCUGAUUAGGACUAGACUCCGAUUGCCUUCGACUCGCCAAGUGCAACGGCAUGUCUCUGCGGAGUCUAGUCCUCUUUGGGUCAAGACCCAGCCCAAGUCAGAUUGCGACCUGCGCACGCCGCGCUGCUCUCGCUGCCUCAAGCGCAAUGUCCAAUGCCUCUACGCCAACGAGCCCUUGACAGCGUCACCAGUCUCCUCCGAGCAGCCCGGCCGAGAGGAGACAUGGGCGUCGAGGCCUUCCAGUAGCCAUUCCGCGUUGACCACCUACAGGUUUGGAUCUCUGGAUCCAUUCGACUCGUAUCCACAGACGAGACUUCCGAGGGCACAGGUGCAACGUCUCAUCCAUAGCUACGAGGAGCUGCUCGCUCAGAAGGGCUUCCAGUCGUCGGAAGUUCUGAUGGCCGACUCUGUGGCUCUGCUGCGACGGAAAGUCGAGGACUUGUCGUUGGCUGUACAAGAUGGCACGAUGAACUCGGUCAUCACGCUGGCGACGAUAGAGGUCGGUUCUCACGUGCAACGUCCCUGCGUCUUCUAUUCUGACAUCACAUACCCCACCCAGUACGGUAAAGGCAACAUUGAUGUGAGCCACACGCACGUUGAGGGGGUCAAAAGAUUGGUCCAGCUGAGAGGCGGCAUCAACGCCGUCCGGCAGACCAGCCCUCUCACGGCAAGGAUGGUGAGCUGGGCAUCGAUGCUCAUCAUGGCCACCCGCAAUUCGAAACCCAAGACGAUGCCGGCAUUGGGGACGGCAUACCGCCUAUCCCGGAAUCCAUCGAUAUCAGCCCCAUCACCCGUGAGCCAAUGCCUGCGGUACUCUACUGCGCUCUACAUGUUCAUCAUUCAGGGACCAACAUAUUACCCACAUACUGUCAUCAUGAGCGAUGUUAUCAGGAAUCUGAUCGAGAACCGCGAACAGCUCGAUCCCUCGCCGUUUGAUAUUUGGAUCUUCACCAUCGGUCUCGCAGCCUCGGUGGGCACAGCACAGUACCAGUGGUUCCUCGAGAGGGCGCGAGCUGCGGCGACUAGCCUUCAACUCAGAGAAUGGGGCCAUGUUCUUGCGCAUACCAGGGCUAUAUUGUGGUCAGAAACGUUGUGCGAGGGGGAUGUCUUUCGGCCUGCCUGGGAUGAUAUAUUGUGCUCUCCGAGCAGCAGGGCAGAGUCUCCGAGAUGGGUGGGGUGUAUAAUAUCGGAAGGUUCUGAUUUAGGGUCUUUACGAAUAUGA